UGUUAGAAAAUUUCGUGUCAUAGGGAAUAGAACGUGUAUGAAUUUAGUAGGUAUUAAUGUUGUCAUGUUCUUAUGAAUUCGUUUUGAUUUAUAUUAAAUUAGAAUAUAGUUUAUUAAAAUACAAUAUUUAAAUAUGGAUGUUGAUGAACAUUAUACUCGUCGUUAUCCACACAGUGUUGUUUGGACUCCGAUACCAUUUAUAAGUUGGUUAUUUCCAUUCAUUGGUCAUAUGGGAAUUACUACAUCUACUGGAGUAAUACGAGAUUUUUCUGGAUCAUUUUAUGUUGCUGAAGAUGAUAUGGCCUUUGGAUACCCUACUAAGUACUGGCAGUUGGAUAUAGAAACUAUAAUUGGUGGUUCUAAAGCAUGGGAUAAAGCUGUUAAUGAGGCAUCCAUUGAAUAUUUUAAUAGAAUGCACAACCUUUUGUGUGAUAACUGCCACUCUCAUGUUGGCAUGGCAUUAUCAUUAAUGAAUUACAGUAAAAGCAAAAACUGGAAUAUGGUUAAAUUAGCUUUGUACACUUUUAUUUUUGGAAAAUAUGUGAGUUGCAAUGCAUGGUUUAAAACUUGGGGUCCAUUUAUCAUUUUUGUGUUUGUAUGUUUUGGACUUUAUUCAUAUGGAAAGUAUUUCUAAAAUAGUGACUUUGUGAAGUAACUUUUUACAUUUUUAUAAGAGGUCAUUAAACAAUAAAAUUGUAUCAUAAAGAUCUCGUCAAUAAUAUAUUACAUUUUUUGUAUAAUUUAUAUUUUAUACAGUAUGAAACAAAA